UUUAGACAAUUUUUAAAUACCCAGAAGAAAAUAAGUCAUCUGAUUGUUCCAUUCAGAGAUACCUACUGCUAGCAUUUUGCUACAGAGGCCCUGUCAAUCUUUUGAAUACACAUUUCAUUCAAUUUUGAUGAAGUGGGAUACUAACAAACAUACUGUAUUGUACCUGCUUUUUUUUCCUUUUAAAAAUUACUGUAUUUUGUACCUGCUUUUUUUAUUAAUCAAAAAACUCUGAUACUAUGAAUGUCUUCCUUGUCAUUAAGUAUUUUUUGUAAAACAAGAGGGUGAAAGCUUAUUCAGUGGAGGGGGUGGUAGUGGUGAUGGGAGGAAUUAGAGAUCAGUGUUAUAAAUUCAGAAAUAAAGAGAAGUAUCUAAAGUGAGCUCUUCCCACUCCCAUCCCUCUACUUUCACUAUCCCAAGAAAUCUCUGGGAUUUUGGUAGCAAUAUGUGUGGAGAACAAGCCAGGAGAAGGAUCUCUAGUUUGGAUGAUUGGUGAUUGGUUCAUAAAUGAGGGGCCAGGAGGAAUGGAGUGGGUUGGAAUUGGGGCCAUUCAGAUGAAUUCUGGCCUGGUCUGGCCUCGGGACCAUUUCUCAGGCUGUCUCUUUCUCUUCCCUGUUUCCUUUUCCUUUUGAAAGGCAUCACUACUCCUUCACACUCACUGGUGUUUGCUAUUCAACAAAUUAUUAAUGGGGCUGAUCUUAUUUUAAGGGGUUUAUUGCUGAUCUUCACAGUUAAAAAACACAUAAUAAAAUAUGGAAUGUUUUAGUUUUGUGUUAGCCAAGUCCCUCCUGAUCUGCUCAUAGGAAGCUCUCUUUGAAUUCUGCCUUCUGCUUUUAUUCCCAAGGAAGGAACUAACUAAACACACUUUUCCCCUAGUCUUUUCUAAUCCCUUUUUUUGUGAAGGAGAUACUGUCUUCUUCCUGUAUGGAGAAACUACCCCUUACAGACCCUAGAAGCAGCUAAGGCUCAUUGAUAGAUAUCUCUCAGCAUCUGUUGUAACUGCAUCCAGAUGGGGAGGAUCUUAUUGUGUAGACACAAUAAGAAAAUGUUCUAUUUUGGACAACCUCCCAAGUGCCUUUUCAUGCCCAGGAAAGUAUUUUGGGGCAUCUGGAAAGAAUAGUCUUGGAGUUACAGAGAGAAGUUUAGGUUGGAGUUACACAUUUAGAGUUACUGAUGAUAUUGUACAAGACAGCAUUUAGAUUGAGAAGAGACAAGUAAGGUUUGUUAGAGCUCUAUCCUGGAUCCUGGAUGUGUGAGCAGAAAGAAUUGUAAAAUAAGAUUGAGUUGCUCAAACUCUGCAGAGAGCCUUUCAUGGGAGGUGGUCACUGACAUCAUAAAGGAAGCCAACUUCUCUUGGUGUAAGAAGCUUGGCAGUGAUGGCAGAAGGAGACUGGGUGGUAGCACUUACAGAGAAGAAACCAGUGUAUUGGGAGAAAUGGCUUGUUCUGGGACUAGGGUACAGAAAAUAGAUGAUGAGCCUGGAGCAUCCUGUAGUAACAGAAAGGAAGGAGUGCUCGAAACACAAAAGGAUGGGGCAUGUCAAAGGGGCAAGGAGCCAACCUGAAGGGGCUCCCAGUGGCCAAGGCUGGAACAAUUUGAUAACAAAAUCAAUCAUGUAGUGGAUUAGGACACAAAGUUCAAAGGAAAUAUCUGUGAGACCAUGCUCAUAUAAAUAAAUAAUUGAAUGAGUAAAUAAAUGGAGAAGAGGCAAAUCUUUCUUAGAGAAGAAUUUCAAAUAUGUAUAGCUAUUACCACCCCUUUUCCUGUGUCUGCUUCAUUCUCUCCCUCCUUUGAAGGGAAAACAUCAGCCAAAACCAGAUGGAGGAACAUUGUACAGGAUAGCCAGCCCAAACUCCUCAAAACUGACAGUCAUGAAAAACAAGGAAAAACUGAGAAAUAAUGCAGUUUUAGGAUACCUUGGGUUGCAUCUUGGACCAGAAAGAUGUCAUUGAUGGAAAAACUGGUAAAAUCAAAACAAAGUCUAAAGUUUAUUUCAUAGUAAUAUACCAAUGUUGAUUUCUCAGUUUUGGCAAGUGGCCAAUGGUAGUGUAAGAUGUAAACAGUGAGGAAACUGGCUGGGGGUAUAAUCCUUUGCAACUUUUCUGUAAAUCUAAAGUUAUUCUAAAAUAAAACAUUUAUUAAAAAGUAAACUCUGUGUGUGUGUGUGUUGCAGAGGAAGUGGGGGAACUUGAGCUUGUUUGUAGACUGAUAAUAAGUAAUUGGUAUAAUUGUAGGCUAAUAUCCCUGAUUGAUCAGGGUUUUAGGGUAAGGAAGGGCAUGUUUUAUUAAUGCACAAAUAGGAGGAGAUAUGGAAAAUUGUAGACCAGAUCAGGUAAAGAAAAAGACAUUGAGUGAAGAGGUAAAGUUGAGCAGUAAUUUCUAUACAUUUUUGCUUGUAUACCUCCUACAAGAAUGUUGAAAAACUGUAAAUCUUUAUUCUUGAACCAGUUAAAUCAGAUUUACUUUAUUAGAGAAAGUCUAACUUCUGAUGGCCAUAUACAUCUCAUUUCAUAAUUCUAAUUUGUAUAUAGUCAGGCAUACGGACCUUGCCAUAGGCUUGUUACCUGGAUGUGUUUAAUGAGGAUCUAUCUAUUAAUAUUGAUUUAACCCCGGGGAUUCCCACAGAGAACUGUUCCUUUGGGGGCCUCGGAGGUAUUUACACCUGGAGUAAUGCACCAUUUUAAUAUUGAUUUGGGGUGGAUGAGAGGACUGCUUUCCUUUUUCUACUCUUUUUUUUUUUUUUUUUUGGUGAUGGAGUCUUACUCUGUCACCAGGCUGGAGUGCAGUGGUGCAAUCUCGGCUCACUGCAACCUCCCCCUCCCAGGUUCAAGCGAUUCUCCUACCUCAGCCUUCCGAGUAGCUGGGACUACAGGCGCUUGCCUCCACACCCGGCUAAUUUUUUGUAUUUUUAGUAGAGACUGGGUUUCACCGUGUUAGCCAGGAUGGUCUCGAUGUCCUGACGUCGUGAUCCACCUGCCUCGGCCUCCCAAAGUGUUGGGAUUACAGGCGUGAGCCACCGCGCCCGGCUUGUGCUUUUCUUUUUCAAGUGGAGAAAAGCAAGUGGGAAGUGAGAGCCUGAAUCCUGGUUGUAAGAAAGAGACAUUCGGAUAUUAAGGAUCUAGAAAUAGAUUUGCCUUUAGGUCGUGAGAAUCUCCAGGUAACCCCAGUUUAAAGAUAAAGGCAGAGAACCUGGAAAGUGUGAAAUAAGGAUAGGAGGGCUGCUUUGUGUUGAGGUCACAGCUGAAGGGAGAGCCAGUUAAUUUCCAGUGGUGCUCAUUAGCAGUCCUCCUUGCUGUCUGCCUUCUGGAUGAUGCCUGUUUUUAUUCUCCUCCAUUAUCUCCUCCCUUUUCCUGUGUCUGCUUCACUUGAGAUUUUCAAUGGCAACCUUGAGCACCCUUCUCUUGGCAAAGUGAUUUUAGCAGUGUCCUGGUUAAACAUCAUUCCAUUGAAAUGAAGUAGCAGUUCUUAGGGGAUUUGACCUAUGUGAUGUUUAGACCAAAAAUGCUACAAAGGUAGAAUUGUUGAAUGACCAUUGUGGUACAAAUGCAUACAUUGAGUGAGGUAUGUUAGAAUUCUGAAUAAGGCAACCUGUUUAAAUUUUUUCUUUUCUUUUCUUUUUCUUUUUUUUUUCAGAGAUGGUCUUGCUCUGUUGCCCAAGCUGGAGUGAAGUGGCUCACUGUAAUCUCAAAUUCCUGGGCCCAAGUGAUCCCCCUGCCUUAGCCUCCUGAGUAGCUGGGACUACAGGUGUGAGCCACCAUGCCCAGCUAAUUAUAAAAAAAUUUUUUUUAGUGGAGGUGAGAUCUCGCUAUGUUGCCCAGGAUGGUCUUCAACUCCUGGCCUCAAGUGAUCCUCCCACCUCAGUCUCUCAAAGUGCUGGGAUUACAGGUGUGAGCCACCAGGCCUGGCCAACUCUUAAGUUCUUAAAAGGGCAAUGAAGUUUUUUUUUUUUUUUUUUUUUUGAGACGGUGUCUCACUGUGUUGCCCAGGCUGGAGUGCAGUGGUGCGAUCUUGGCUCACUGCAACCUCUGCCUCCCAGGUUCAAGUAAUUCUUCUGCUUCAGCCUCCUGAAUAGCUGGGACUACAGGCGCAUGCCAGCAUGCCUGAGACAGGGUUUCACCAUGUUGGCCAGGCUGGUCUCAAACUCCUGACCUCAAGUGAUCCACUUACUUCAGCUUCCCAAAGUGCUGGGAUUACAGGCAUGAGCCACCGUGCCCAGCUGGGCAAUAAAGAUUAACAGGCGAUUUUACUCCUUAUUUGUAAAGAAAUUGGGUCUAUUAGCAGGACCCAGGUCCAGGGAUUCUUAACCUGAAAUCUACGGAGCCUCACGUGCUUCCUAAGUGGGUUUCAGGGGAAUCAAAUUGCACGGAAGUUUAACAAAGGUUGUACUUCAUUGUCCUCAAAUUUCAUCAGAAAGCCAAAGAAUUCUGUGCCCCUCAAAGGUUAAGAAUGCCUUUUUGUUCAGUUUCACUGCUGAUCAAGAUGGUGGGUUGGAUACAAUGGUGUUUUCAAAACACUUGGAAAUAAUAAUGCCCAUGUUGGUAUUGCAGUACUUUUUUAGCCACAUACAGUAUCCAAGUCACAAAUCAUUUCUCCUGUACUUAGUAAUUUUAGAUAUAUUAUAAUCUAGUAUCCCACUUGUUUCAAAUUACUCACAUGAAUUUACAUUACAAACCAUUUUGAGAGCCCAGGGAAUCUCAGGUGUAAUUCUAAUCUGGUAUUGAUUCCAUAUAUCUUUGGGGGUAAAUAUUUGCUGUAUUAAAAUUUUUUUUCCAUUUAUUUAUUCAUUUAUUUGAGACUAGGUCUUGCCCUGUCACCUAGGCUGGAGUUCAGUGGUAUUCUCAUAGCUCACUGCAGCCAUGAACUCCUGGGCUCACCCAAUCCUCUUGCCUCAACUUCCCAAGUAGCUAGAACUGUAUAUCCAGCUAAUUUUUAAAUUGUUUUUUAAUAGAGACAAGGACUUGCUAUGUUGCCCAGGCUGGUGUCAAAUUCCUGCCCUCAAGCAAUCUUUUUACCUUGGCCUCCCAAAGCACUGGGAUUACAGGCAUGAGCCACCAUGCCUGGUCUAUUUCCUCAUAUUUAAGUGGUGUCAGAUCAAUUAACAUUGUUCAAAAAGUAUAAUUUUAAUAUUAUCAAUGUUACAUUUCUAGCCUGUGCUAAAUGGACAUUUUAUGAGUAAGUGCUAUUAUGAAGUACUUUUUUCAGCAAUUAUGUCUGAUACUAAUUUGUUUAUAGCAUAAAUGAUCACAGUUGGUAUAGAUAAAACAGCAAGAGAAAAAUGGGGAAAAACAGCCACCAAAAAAUUCUUGAGAGUAGACUUUUGCCUGGUUUCCUUGAAGGCUUACCACUUCACUGUUGCAAAAGAAAAUAUGCGUACAAAGGUAUUUUGUUGUCCGAUACAGAUUUCUUACAAAUGAAAAUAAAUGCUGGCCAAUUAUGGUCCUUAAAAUGAUUCAAGGAUUAUAAAUCAAGACUGAAUCAAAAACUUCUUAAAAUUAUUUUCUACAUAAGCAUGAUCUAGGUAAAUGGCUUUCAAAUGAAAGCAGACCACAAGCAUCACCUGGAGAAUUUAUUGAAAUGCAUAUUCCUGGGACCUCACCCCACAAGGAUUCUAUUUCAGUAGUUCUGCAACUAGGAUCUGGAGUCUGUUUUUAACAUAUGCCCCAGGUGGUUUGACCACAUUUUGCUAAAACUGAUCUAGGUGCUAAGAGGUUACAUGGAAUAGCUAUAAUAUAUAACACCUUUAAUUAAAAGAAGGCUCAAUGAGUGUGGAGAGGUGAGGGAGACAUGGUAAGUAUUAGCAAAUGAUAUAGAAUAAGUUUGCACCUCAAUUACUGUGAAACCCAAAGAGCUUUUGUAUAUGUACACUUUAGAUAUUGUUAUUUACUGUAUUAAAAAUUAAAAUUGAGGUAUUUAAAAUAUUUAUUUUUAAAACCCAUUACAUAUUGACCUAAAUAACUUAUAAAACCAGUUUUCCAAAAUUAAAAAAAUUAUUGAGAAAGAAUGGCAUUAUUUUACAUUCAUGCAAAUCUCUUUACUGUCUAGCUUAAUAGAAGACGGCUAGAUUCUCAUACAGGUUAUCCAAAAUGCUUGGGACCAGAAUUGUUUUGGAUUUCAGAUUUUUUCUGAUUUUGGAAUAUUUGCAUUAUAUAUUCUUGUUCCAGUGAGCAUUUCCUUUGAGCGUCAUGUCAGUCCUCAAAAAGUUUUGGAUUUUGGAGCAUUUUGGAUUUCAGAUUUUCAGAUUUGGGAUGCCCAACCCAAACAGAUUGAAUCUGAUUCUCUAUUCAAUCUGUUGCAAUGUUGUUUUGGUUGAAGUCUAUAAAGAAAAUCCAACUUCACACAGAAAGAGGAUGAGUAUUUUUAAUACCUUCUUUGAUAUUAUACUAAAACUCUGUAAGUGGUAGUUUCUUAAAGGUUAAUUGCAUUGUGGAAUCUGAAAUGAGCUUUUAAAAAAAACUAAACCUUUGAUACAUUAAAAUCAGUUGGUCUGUUUUGCACUUUUUUUCAGUGAUCUUUCAUCCAUGCAUGAUUUUGGUUUUUGUUUGAGAGGGAGUCUUACUCUGUCACCCAGGCUGGGGUGCAGUGGCACAAUCUCAGCUCACUGCAACUUCCACCUCCCAAGUAUCUGGGAUCACAGAUGCGUGCCACUACGCCCAGCUAAUUUUUUGUGUUUUUGGUAGAAAUGGGGUCUCACCAUGUUGUCCAGGCUCUGGUAUCAAACUCCUGAGCUUAAGUGAUCUGCCUGCCUUAGCCUCCCAAAGUGCUGGGAUUACAGGCGUGAGCCACUGCACCUGGCCCACCCAUGUAUGAUUCUGUUAUACCAUUGGUCAUUUGGAAACUAAGGCAGAUCGUCUCAUAUAACUUUCAUCACUGUCACCCUGAUCUCAUCAGGAAAGUCUUUAACUAUUGGCGAAGCUGGCAAGAUUAUGUGGCAGAUGCAGAAAGUCUUCCAAAAUGCUUGAAAGCUCAAAUUUUAUCAUUGGCAAUAAGUACUGUCAAUUGUUUUCCUCAAAGAAACAGGCUCAACUUUGUUCAUUUUUAAUAAAAUGUCUGCCAAAUACCCAAGUCAGAAUAACUACAGUUUGUGAAUUGUUCUUUCAAGUAAAAAUGGUAGUCCAUGAAAAAACAGCUAGCUCAGCUUGCAACUCAGUUACACAAGUGCUUUUCUUCUAGACAGCCAUUGUACUUAAGUGUGCAGUGGACUGCUUCAUGGGUACUUCCCAUUUUGUCACAAAGAACAUCAAAAAGACCCAUGCUCAAGGGUCAAGAUUUAAUGUAUGUAUUAAUUCUGACUGCUUGCUUCAUUAACAACAAUCAUAAAGGAAACUGGCUUAAAAAAAAAAUAACGUGUGGUAGUGAAGAAUGCAGUGACUACUAGUUUCAUUUGCUGCCACUGCUUUGAUUAGUGCGAAGGCGCCAGCAGUUUCCCCAUAAUUGCUUUUGCACCAUCAGUGCAAAUGUCAGCACAGUGAAAAGACAAUGUCUUUGUGUUAUUCUAAAAAUAGUUCUGACCUCUGAGAGGGUCUUGGGGACUCCCAGGAAUCUAGUAAACACACUUUGAGAACCCUUGAUAGAGGUGCCUUGGGCCUCCUUCCCAGCAUUGUCGUUUUAGUGCCAGGCAUUAACAAGUUUGUAUUUCACGACGAUUUAGUAAUACAAUCUGGACUAUCUCUUUAUGAGACGGGCAAUAUUGUCAUGAUUCUAGGUAGAAGAACGGAGGGUCCACAGUGCAGGCAGUUAUUCAGUAUUCAUCUAAGAGUCUUCAGCUCCUCCGGUGUGCUGGUCCGUAUGAGAUGCUGAAGCACAACCUCCCUCCAUCCUUGCUCAUCCAAGUAUUUUCCUGCUUUUGAGGCACGGCUUAAACGCUUUCCGUGGUCCUCUGAGUAGGAAGUGAUUUCGUUUGUGCUUCGUAUAGGACUUAACUAUAUUGCAUGCUCAAGUUUUUUGUUUGCUUCUUGUCAAUCCCUUCAUUGCUUAAGACCAAAAUGAGGUACUAUUUUUCCUGUAAUCUACGUGUAGUCCAAAAAAGGCGGGGUGUUUUGUAAAUAUUUGUCUCUAUGUAAGGAAGUCAAAACUGAAAGCGGAGUAACACCAAGUGUGCCCGUUUCCUGAGCUCAAGCACUGAAAGGAUCAAAAGUCGCGAACGUGGUUUACUGCCGCGGUCUUGUUCCUGCUCACUGCCGCCUCUGGGGGCCCCAUGUUCAACAAAUACUCAAAUUGGAGUUGGAGUUCUGAGCGGCUGGGUACUGUGUAUUCCAGCGGUGGGUGUCUGUACGUAGUUAGAACCUGGCAAGACAGCACUCGCGAGGAGCCCGCAGGCGGGGCUCGACCGGGGACCGGCAGGGCUGGUCGGCGCCCAGGCUCUGCCCCCUGCCCGACCCUGCCUGCUGCCUGCUGCCUGCUGCUUGCCGCCUGCCUCCGGCUGGGGCCGCUGAGCGCCCUGCCCAUUUAAGGAGGCGGGCCGUACCACCUCAACUUUCUUGACAGGGGGUAUCCCGGCAGACUCGGACAACUUCAAGGGAGCCAAGAGGCUAUUUCUUUUCUUUUCUAACUGUGGCCCGCGUUGUGCUGCUGCUGGGCAGGCGUUGGGCGCCGGCGGUCUUCGAGCGUGGGGGCCCGUUGGUUUUCCCUUCUCAGAAACUGCGCCGGGGGCGCUCGCUUGCCCCGGAUUCGGACGCGGCGCUCCCCCGGCUCGUCUGAAGUGCAGAUCGCCGCAGAGGCCCCAGUGCCCGGAUGUCCAUCAGGAUUAGCGCGAGCCAAUACGGGCCGAGCCCGGGGCUACGCCGAGGACGCCCGGGGCUCGAGAGCAGGUAGUCCCGUAACAUCGGGGCGCCGCGCCGGGACGCGUCCCCGCCCGGCUCCGCCAAAUGGUGAGCGCGGCGCUGGCAGCAGGGCCCGCGGGGUGAAGGCGCUGAUGGACGGAAGACCCCUGGCUCUAUAAGCUGAAUUAUGGCAGCCCAGUCAAGUUUGUACAAUGACGACAGAAACCUGCUUCGAAUUAGAGAGAAGGAAAGACGCAACCAGGAAGCCCACCAAGAGAAAGAGGCAUUUCCUGAAAAGAUUCCCCUUUUUGGAGAGCCCUACAAGACAGCAAAAGGUGAUGAGCUGUCUAGUCGAAUACAGAACAUGUUGGGAAACUACGAAGAAGUGAAGGAGUUCCUUAGUACUAAGUCUCACACUCAUCGCUUGGAUGCUCCUGAAAAUAGGUUGGGAAAGCCAAAAUAUCCUUUAAUUCCUGACAAAGGGAGCAGCAUUCCAUCCAGCUCCUUCCACACUAGUGUCCACCACCAGUCCAUUCACACUCCUGCGUCUGGACCACUUUCUGUUGGCAACAUUAGCCACAAUCCAAAGAUGGCGCAGCCAAGAACUGAACCAAUGCCAAGUCUCCAUGCCAAAAGCUGUGGCCCACCGGACAGCCAGCACCUGACCCAGGAUCGCCUUGGUCAGGAGGGGUUCGGCUCUAGUCAUCACAAGAAAGGUGACCGAAGAGCUGACGGAGACCACUGUGCUUCGGUGACAGACUCGGCUCCAGAGAGGGAGCCUUCUCCCUUAAUCUCCUCUUUGCCUUCCCCAGUUCCCCCUUUGUCACCUAUACAUUCCAACCAGCAAACUCUUCCCCGGACGCAAGGAAGCAGCAAGGUUCAUGGCAGCAACAAUAACAGUAAAGGCUGUUGCCCAGCCAAAUCUCCCAAGGACCUAGCAGUGAAAGUCCAUGAUAAAGAGACCCCUCAAGACAGUUUGGUGGCCCCUGCCCAGCCGCCUUCUCAGACAUUUCCACCUCCCUCCCUCCCCUCAAAAAGUGUUGCAAUGCAGCAGAAGCCCACGGCUUAUGUCCGGCCCAUGGAUGGUCAAGAUCAGGCCCCUAGUGAAUCCCCUGAACUGAAACCACUGCCGGAGGACUAUCGACAGCAGACCUUUGAAAAAACAGACUUGAAAGUGCCUGCCAAAGCCAAGCUCACCAAACUGAAGAUGCCUUCUCAGUCAGUUGAGCAGACCUACUCCAAUGAAGUCCAUUGUGUUGAAGAGAUUCUGAAGGAAAUGACCCAUUCAUGGCCUCCUCCUUUGACAGCAAUACAUACGCCUAGUACAGCUGAGCCAUCCAAGUUUCCUUUCCCCACAAAGGACUCUCAGCACGUCAGUUCUGUAACCCAAAACCAAAAACAAUAUGAUACAUCUUCAAAAACUCACUCAAAUUCUCAGCAAGGAACGUCAUCCAUGCUCGAAGAUGACCUUCAGCUCAGUGACAGUGAGGACAGUGACAGUGAACAAACCCCAGAGAAGCCUCCCUCCUCAUCUGCACCUCCAAGUGCUCCACAGUCCCUUCCAGAACCAGUGGCAUCAGCACAUUCCAGCAGUGCAGAGUCAGAAAGCACCAGUGACUCAGACAGUUCCUCAGACUCGGAGAGCGAGAGCAGUUCAAGUGACAGCGAAGAAAAUGAGCCCCUAGAAACCCCGGCUCCGGAGCCUGAGCCUCCAACAACAAACAAAUGGCAGCUGGACAACUGGCUGACCAAAGUCAGCCAGCCAGCUGCGCCACUGGAGGGCCCCGGAAGCACAGAGCCCCCACGGCGGCACCCAGAGAGUAAGGGCAGCAGUGACAGUGCCACGAGUCAGGAGCAUUCUGAAUCCAAAGAUCCUCCCCCUAAAAGCUCCAGCAAAGCCCUCCGGGCCCCACCCGAAGCCCCCCACCCCGGAAAGAGGAGCUGUCAGAAGUCUCCGGCACAGCAGGAGCCCCCACAGAGGCAAACCGUUGGAACCAAACAACCCAAAAAACCUGUCAAGGCCUCUGCCCGGGCAGGUUCACGGGCCAGCCUGCAGGGGGAAAGGGAGCCAGGGCUUCUUCCCUACGGCUCCCGAGACCAGACUUCCAAAGACAAGCCCAAGGUGAAGACGAAAGGACGGCCCCGGGCCGCAGCAAGCAACGAGCCCAAGCCAGCAGUGCCCCCCUCCAGUGAGAAGAAGAAGCACAAGAGCUCCCUCCCUGCUCCCUCUAAGGCUCCCUCAGGCCCAGAACCCACGAAGGACAAUGUGGAGGACAGGAGCCCUGAGCACUUUGCUCUUGUUCCCCUGACUCAGAGCCAGGGCCCACCCCACAGUGGCAGCGGCAGCGGCAGCAGGACUAGUGGCUGCCGCCAAGCCGUGGUGGUCCAGGAGGACAGCCGCAAAGACAGACUCCCAUUGCCUUUGAGAGACACCAAGCUGCUCUCACCACUCAGGGACACUCCUCCCCCACAAAGCUUGAUGGUGAAGAUCACCCUAGACCUGCUCUCUCGGAUACCCCAGCCUCCCGGGAAGGGGAGCCGCCAGAGGAAAGCAGAAGAUAAACAGCCACCCGCAGGGAAGAAGCACAGCUCUGAGAAGAGGAGCUCAGACAGCUCAAGCAAGUUGGCCAAAAAGAGAAAGGGUGAAGCAGAAAGAGACUGUGAUAACAAGAAAAUCAGACUGGAGAAGGAAAUCAAAUCACAGUCAUCUUCAUCUUCAUCCUCCCACAAAGAAUCUUCUAAAACAAAGCCCUCCUCACAGUCCUCAAAGAAGGAAAUGCUCCCCCCGCCACCUGUGUCCUCGUCCUCUCAGAAGCCAGCCAAGCCUGCACAUAAGAGGUCAAGGCGGGAAGCAGACACCUGUGGCCAGGACCCUCCCAAAAGUGCCAGCAGUACCAAGAGCAACCACAAAGACUCUUCCAUUCCCAAGCAGAGAAGAGUAGAGGGGAAGGGCUCCAGAAGCUCCUCGGAGCACAAGGGUUCUUCCGGAGAUACUGCAAAUCCUUUUCCAGUGCCUUCUUUGCCAAAUGGUAACUCUAAACCAGGGAAGCCUCAAGUGAAGUUUGACAAACAACAAGCAGACCUUCACAUGAGGGAGGCAAAAAAGAUGAAGCAGAAAGCAGAGUUAAUGACGGACAAGGUUGGAAAGGCUUUUAAGUACCUGGAAGCCGUCUUGUCCUUCAUCGAGUGUGGAAUUGCUACAGAGUCUGAAAGCCAGGCAUCCAAGUCAGCUUACUCUGUCUACUCAGAAACUGUAGAUCUCAUUAAAUUCAUAAUGUCAUUAAAAUCCUUCUCAGAUGCCACAGCGCCAACACAAGAGAAAAUAUUUGCUGUUUUAUGCAUGCGUUGCCAGUCCAUUUUGAACAUGGCGAUGUUUCGUUGUAAAAAAGACAUAGCAAUAAAGUAUUCUCGUACUCUUAAUAAACACUUCGAGAGUUCUUCCAAAGUCGCCCAGGCACUUUCUCCAUGCAUUGCAAGAAGCACAGGCACACCAUCCCCUCUUUCCCCAAUGCCUUCUCCUGCCAGCUCCGUAGGGUCCCAGUCAAGUGCUGGCAGUGUGGGGAGCAGUGGGGUGGCUGCCACUAUCAGCACCCCAGUCACCAUCCAGAAUAUGACGUCUUCCUAUGUCACCAUCACGUCCCAUGUUCUUACUGCCUUUGACCUUUGGGAACAGGCCGAGGCCCUCACAAGGAAGAAUAAAGAAUUCUUUGCUCGGCUCAGCACAAAUGUGUGCACCUUGGCCCUCAACAGCAGUUUGGUGGACCUGGUGCACUAUACACGACAGGGUUUUCAGCAGCUACAAGAAUUAACCAAAACACCUUAAUGGAGCCCCAGGUUGAUUCAAUGCCUUGGGAACUAUUUUUGCACAUUGGAAGCCUCAAAAACAGUCCAGACAUUUGUUUCAUCAGGACACCAAACUCUAAAACAGAAGCACGAGAUGGCCAGGACAUUUGUCCACUUAAACUCUCAACAACGGUGUGAUCAUUGGUUGGACACUAUGGUUAUGCAGAAGCAGAGAUGAGGAGGCUGGCCCCAGAGAUGAUCUUGCCCUUCCAAACUAAAGGACAGAAGUGCAAUGUAGCUUAAAUGGGUGUAUGAAUGGUCUAGAAACAUUUCUUGUUUUUUUUUUAACCAGCAGGAUACAAGUUGCAAAUGAAAUGAGGAAGAAACAGUUUCAACUCUGAAAGUGAAUUUCACAUCAUCUCAGUAGCCACACUAGUCCAUUCCCAGAAGGAAAUUUUUUUUUAACAAUGACUUUUGGUGAAGGGUUUUGUGGAUGAUUAUUUUUCUUUUGAGUUUUGGGAGAAAUGUUUAAUAACUUCUAAUGGCCAUCUGUAAACCAUACGUAAUGAAGGACUCCACUGUGCUCCACUUUCUGCCAGUGAACAGUGGCUUGAUAAUACCAAGUAUUGUUGUAAUUUAUAAAGUUGAAGGCAACCCCUGCUCCUGCCGCCCCCCAUCUCCCCAUUGCCUAGAGGGCUGCACAUUGACCCCAGCUCUGACUUCUCAUUACUGUGCUGAAAGUCAGCCCACGUCGGAGCGGCGAGGAGGAGCCACAGUACAUGGGGUGUCGCCUCGAGGUCUGCACAGGAGGACUUGGCGCUGCCAUUUCCUACCCUUGCCAUUUCCCACCCCUGCUUCAGUGAAAGGGACUCUCUAACAGGGCAGUCACUGUUGACUCUAUUCUGAAUUUCCUACCUUGGGGAAGAAGGGAACCAACAUUUAUACCUGACCAGAUGGCUAAAGUGCUUUUAAAGUUUUGUUUAAGUAGAGCUGGAAUUUGAGGUGCUGAUCUGUGGUCUACAGUUAUGUGGUAACUCACGUUGUCCAACCAACUCAGAGUUUCGUCAGUGAACAAGAAAAAUGAAAUCUGCUUCUUAGAGAGGCUAUAUUUUUCUGCUACAAAUUAUUUUAUAUUUAUAGCAAAACUAGACUUUCAGAGUCCUUGAUUGUCUAGGGGAAGUUAACUCCCUGAGAGGAUGUAGAGAUUUGGGGUGGUUAAUUAGACUUUUGAAAAACUUGUCACCACAUGCCUUCACUCCAGAGUGUUCUCAGCUAGAUUUGAUUUGGUUGAGGAGGAACUGUGGCCCUCCGUAAGUUAUUGCCAUAGUGUAUACAUUAAACCAAGUCCAUUUUGAAUGACCUAAAAUGAAAUAAUCAGAAAUCCCAUGUGCCCAUAAGCAGAUUUUUCUUUUUCAUUGAAACUUUAAAGGUUAUUAUUGGAAACAUUACUUUGAGUGCAGUGUUUUUAAAAGGCAAUUCUUUUUUAUCCCUUUUAGAAGUAGAAUUUGCACACUUACUACAAUUGGAGUGUCAUCUCUAUAACUAUUUUUUCUCCGCCUUUGUCCCAUUCUGCCCCCUACAUGUUUCCUACCAAGCAUGUUUCACAUUUUCCUACUAGUGGAGGAGGGAGAACCAUAUUUAUUUAUAAUGAAGACAUCUAAGAUCCCUAUGAUGAAUGCAGGAACUCUCUUGGUAGUUUGUAAAUACACAAAGGGAUGUGUCUAGGGAUGGGAGCGAUGCUUAUCUCUCACAGUGUGAGUGGUCUGUGUGAGGCUGUUCCGUCAGUUUCUUCUCCAGACUGUUCUUUGGUUGUCACUAAGUCAGAGGUCUGGUCCCUCAUGUUUAGGUGAAAGCCAGAGAAUGACAGCUGUAGUCAUAUCUGAGCAUAAGACCUUGAUGUGUGAUUCCUGAUGACCGGUUUCAUUUAUUCAUGUUAUAAAGCAAAGCCCUGGUCCUUUUUAAACUGCUAGUUUUAAAAACCUGUGUUAAAUGAACAGUAAUUGCCUGGUAGGUUUUCUGUGUUUGUAGCAUUGUGUGUCCAUCUGUUAUAUGUAAGGGACGAGGCACCAGAAUCAGGCUUUAUUUCGAUAUUGAAGAUGUUAUUUAACAUCUCUCUUUUUUCCUUACUCCCUUAGCCAUCCCUUCCCCCUUUGCCCCACCAUUCCCUAGAACAAGCCACCUGUCAAUUGUGAAGGGUUGUGUUCUUUAUGGCAGGUCCUGUCUAUGCAGAUUGUGCCAGAGCAUGUGCGUGUUCUGUUGGCAAGCCACAGUGCUCCCUUGACUGAAGACAUUUCCAAGUAGAUUUCUCAGCCAGCUCUAAAACAGAUUGCUUUUUCAGUGGCCUUACUCUUUGUGGGUUUUUUUUUUUUUUCCUGAACUAGAUAUAAAGAUUUUAUUUGUCCUUUGAAAAAGUAACAAAUGUGCAUAGAUCAAUUUGUACUACUUUGGUCAUUGGAUAUUUCUGAUCCUUAUUGCAUUGUACCUAAAAGAGAGUAACUAAUGGUAACCUUUUUAAUAGAGUAUGUGAAAGGUAGUGGCUGAUGAAUCCUUAAUGUUCAUAGGGUCUUUUUGCUGUUACAGUUGUAUAUAGAAGUCUAAAGGAUUUUUUAAAUCAUUUGCACUUUUUCACUGCAUGCUUACAAUUCCCAAAGGCAAAAUCUGUACUGAGGUAGAUCAUUUGAAAGGGCUAGAUUAUAAAAUUAAGCCUUAGAAUAUGCAAAGUUCUCAUAACAAUAAUAGUACACACUUCACGGUAAGACAAAUGCAAAUCAUCUUAAGGAGUGAAAAUAGAGUGUAAAUCUUGCCUUUGGCACUACAAGGUGUGUGUGUGUGUGUGUGUUUGUGUGUGUCUUUAGUAGGAAAUGGAAGAACACUGUUUUAUUUUUAAAAGUGUUUAAUGUUUCUGUCCUUUCUGUGAAUUAUUGAAUUUAAGAGCCCUGCUAAAUAAUGAAAAAACACUUUACUAAAACCUAUCGAAUGAUACUGGGUUCGGAUUGUGAAAACAUUGGCCACCUAGUAGCAGCGGUGAGGAGUGGGAGGGCCCAGCAAGCAUUUAUCAGAAAUAGAAUCACAAUAGGAGGAGAAUUUGACUGGCUGAUAUUAUGAUUUGAUCACAAUACUGAAUGGGAAAAGCAUCUAAUAUUUUGUAACAAAAAGACCUUCAUAUUAUCUGUUUUGACCAAAAUGUGUAGCUAUUUCCCUUAGACAGAUUGGACCACACUUAUCUCCCUUGUCCUGUAUCCUUUAAUUUCAGGUCUCAGGAUGUUUAGAAAGCUAAAACCCCCUACCCCUUUCUGGCUGAAAACUUGCCUUAUUUGGUAUCUUACACAUUAAUGUUACUAGCAUCAGGAGCUUACUGUUCUAUUAUGAUUCAUCUUCAGUAAUUUUUAGACGCAAAAGAAAGCCAUUGUGUCCUCUACAAUUAACACAACUGUUAUCUCUGAUACACAAAGGGAUAUAAAUACAUACACUUAAAUAGAGAAAAAUAGGUUGGUUGAAUUGUGCCUUUGACUGAACCGAGUUUUUAAAUACUGCUGUGUUUGUUUCGCCAUGGCUUCAGGGAUGAUACAUGGCUCUUGCCACCUUUUACUCCUCUGCUUUAGGAAGUUUGAGUUGUAUUUGUGCAUCUUAAAGUAGAUUGAGACUUGAGGCUGGGCUUUCGGGUUUUGUUUUGUUUUUUUUAAUGUACUUAAGCCUGCUUGCUUCCUACCACAGAUUCUUUAUUUUCCCAAACACUACAAAAAACUUGUAAAACUUUGCCAUUUCAUCUGUUUACACUCUUUGCCACUGAUUAGCAGUAUUUAAAUCUUGCAGGAAUAUUUUGUGCUUCCUUUAGAAACACAAGAGUAUAGAUUUUUCUCACUGAAAAGUGAGAGUUACACAUUGCAGCCAUGAAGGGAUGCUAGGAUCAGUUAUGGCAGUACCUUUUUUCCCCUCCUGUUCCUGAGCCAGUUGCCUCUUUUGUUUUGGGUCCCACUUAGGAUUAAUGGAUGUAAGGUAUUUUUCUGUGCCUUUAUUUUGUGUCAUUCUAUUGGAAGGAGGUGUAAUGGCAGAAUAGCAUAGUGUUGGGGGUUUUCCUUCAAACACUGCAAGUGGUAUUGCCACCAUGUGAACCUCAAAUAUGCAAUCCAGUUGUGUUGGUUUCUUGGCGACUUGGAGUGUUCAUCUCUUCGUGAAUUGUGAGCAGUGACCAUGUUCUUCAGUUCUUAAUUAUGGUGAGUUGACAAAUACCAACUACUGCUUUUCUUUAGGUGGCUAUUAAUUUCUUAUUGUCAGGAGGAAAUGACACUAUAUUCUGUUCCACUGAGCGUCAGAGAUCAGCAGGCACUGUACUGGGUAGAGAAGUGCCUAUACUUCUCUACCUAAGAGGGCAGGAGGGAAACCCUACAGCUCCUUGUGAGCCUAUAUAUUAGUAUAUCGGCCUAGAGAGGACAAGGGAAUAAGACCACUCAUAGUGAGGCUGGCCAAGCUGCACUGGUCGGACCAGGCAGUGGCUGACCUAAGGAGGACAACUUGCUUUGCUUAAAAGUAGAUUUAAGCAAUGCUUAACACAGGCAGUAUUAACUUCACCUUUGUUGAGGCCAUCAACGUGUAUUGUUAAAAUUACUGCAUAUCCCCCCCAGAUAUCAAGUAUACACUGUUCAUGUUGGGGUUGUGUGUGUCUGUGUGUAUAUGUGUGUGUGUAUGUAUGCGCACGCAUGUGUCCCAAAUCUUGUUUUUUUUUUUCUGAAUGUGAUCAUGUUUUGGAUGAUACCUGAGCAGGGUUGCCUUUUUUUUAUUUAUUACCAUUAUAUAUUAUAUUAUAUAUUUUUUGCUUUCUUGUAACUUUGGAGGAAAGUCAAAUCUUGGUAUUAAAAUUGUUUUAAAAAGGAGUAAAUUUUCCAGUUGAUAAAUGAAAAUCACUGGUCUAUCUUUAAAAUAAUAAGUUUUUCUUUAAUUACUGUGGAAUAACGUGCCAGCUGUCAUCAACACAAUGAUUUUGUACAUAGGGUAGGGAAGCAGUGAUGCUCUCAAUGGGAAGAUGUGCAACACAAAUUAAGGGGAACUCCAUGUAUUUUACCUACUUCAGCAAUGGAACUGCAACUUGGGGCUUUGUGAAUAAAAUUUAGCUGCCUUGUAUAGUCGUUUGAAAGAGAAUAUGUGAUCUGUGAGAGAAUUAUAGUUUUUUUUAGAAGAAAAAUCUGCAAAAGAUCUUUCCAAAGACAAUGUGCCACAGAUCUUUUGUUCCCUGUAAUAAGGAUUAAUUGCUGUUUAAACAAAAAUGUAAUUGUUCAUCUUUAAAUUCUUUCCUUUUCAUAAGAGGAUCAAGCUGUAAAAAAACAAAAAAACUAAUAAAAAUUUCGAGAAAUCA